ACAAACAUGGGUCUCCCACGCAUCCUCUCCCUCUCCACUUUCCUUGUUUUGUCAUCUUUAGUUUUUGCAUCUGCUAGCGUGUCUCGUUCUUACACUCCACCUUCUACCAUUGAGCCUCUCUCGUACACAUCAACUCCAGUUUAUAGUCCCUCGCCUGAAUCUGAAACUUCAUCAUACACUUCAACCCCACCUUAUAGUCCAUCUCCCUCUCCCGCGUAUGAAACUCCGUCCUAUACUACUCUAAGUCCACCAUAUAGCCCAUCUCCAUCUCCUGAGUAUGACACUCCAGCAUACACCACUCUAAGUCCACCAUACAGCCCAUCCCCAUCUCCUGAGUAUGAGACUCCAGCAUACACCCAAAGUCCUCUUUACAGUUCCCCACCUUCAUAUGAAACUCCAUCAUACACUCCAACACCAGUCUACAGUCCAACCCCAGACACUAAGACCUCAUCAUACACAUCAAGCCCACCUUACAACCCAACACAAAAGUAUGACACCCCAUCAUACACCCCAAGUCCGAUUUACAGCCCAUCUCCUAAGUACGAAACCCCAAGUCCGAUUUACAACCCAUCUCCUAAGUACGAAACUCCUUUGUACACCCCAAGUCCAACCCACAGCCCAUCUCCUAAGUACGAAACCCCAAGUCCGAUUUACAACCCAUCUCCUAAGUACGAAACUCCUUCGUACACCCCAAGUCCAACCUACAGCCCAUCUCCUACGUACGAAACCCCAAGCCCAACCUACAGUCCAUCUCCUAAGUAUGAGACACCUUCAUACACGUCAAGUCCAAAUUACAGCCCACCUCCUAAGUACGAAACCCCAUCCUAUACCCCAAGUACAACAUAUAGCCCAUCUCCUAAGUAUGAAACACCAUCAUACACCCCGAGUCCAAUUUACAGCCCAUCACCUAAGUAUGAAACCCCAUCUUACACCCCCACUAAAACUUAUAGUCUUUCUCCUAAGUAUGAGACUCCAUCCGACACCACUACUGUGACUUACAGCCCUUCUCCCAAGUACAACACUAAAACAUACACUCCAAGUACUACUUACAGUCCAUCUCCAAAGUACGAAACUACAUCUUACACCCCUACUCCAAUUUACAACCCAUCUUCAGAAACCAAAUCAUAUGAAACUCCAACAUACAGUCCAUCUCCCAAAUACGAAACCCCAUCAUAUACCCCAAGUCCAACUUACAGCCCAUAUCCUAUGUAUGAAACUCCAACAUACACGCCUACACCAAUUUAUAGUCCAUCUCCUAAGCAUGAAACUAUGUACACCCCAAGUACUAAUUAUAGCCCAUCUCCCAAGUAUGUAACUCCAUCCUACACACCCACUUCAACUUAUAGUCCAUCUCCUAAGUAUGUAACUACAUCCUACACACCUACUUCAACUUACAGCCCAUAUCCUAAAUACAAUACUCCAUCCUACAACCCAUCUCUUAAGUAUGAAUAUGAGACUCCAUAUGUUUCUACCCCGAUAUAUAGUCCAUCACCCAAGUAUGAGACCCUAUCAUACACCCCGUCAGCAACUUACAAACCUUCUCCCAAGUAUAAGACUCCUUCAUACACCCCAUCAUCAACUUAUAGCCCUUCUCCAAAGUAUGAUGCAACAUCAUACACCCCAACGUCCACUUACAAGCCUUCUCUAACGUACAAGACUCCUAACACUCAAACCCCAACAUAUAGCCCAUCUCUUAAAUACGAGACUCCAUUAUAUAAGCCUACCUCAUCGUAUAGCCCUUCACCUAAAUAUAACACCCAAUCAUAUACCCCAACCACAAUGUACAACCCUUCUUCUAAGCACUCUCCUAAAUAUGACACUCUAUCAUACACCCCAUCUACAACUUAUAGUCCAUCUCCAAAGUACGAUGUCUCUUCAUACACCCCUACCUCAUCUUACAAUCCAUCCCCUAAGCAUAAGACCCAAUCAUACAAAGUUUACGGUGUACAAGGUGUCAUAUAUUGCAAGUCUUGCAAUGAUUUCAAACCAAUUGAAGGUGCAAUAGCCAAAAUUUCAUGUGAGGCAAAGACUGGGUAUGGAUACAAGGCAGCUAAGUUUUCAAUGUUGACUCCCAAAACUGAUAAGAAUGGUUAUUACUUGGCUACAUUUACUCAAGAACAACUUGGUAAACAUUUACAACCAACAGAUUGCAAAGUUUAUCUUGAAAGUUCUCCAUCAUACACUUGCAAUGUUGCUACAAAUAUGCAUCUUGGAGUAAGCGGAGCUCCCCUAACUUAUUCAAAACAAAUAACUGAGUACCAAAAAACAUACACCUUAGAGUUGUACUCUAUUCCAAUUUUUGCUUACAAGUCAAGUGCUAAAUGCGAAUAUUAUCCAGCUUAUUACCAAAGAAACACCCCAUCAACCUACACGCCAAAAUCAAGCUAUGAGACAUACACUCCAAAAUAUUCCCCAUCUCCGAAAUAUACCCCAUCAACUUAUACUCCAAAAUCAAGCUAUGAGACUUACACUCCAACAUAUUCUCCAUCUCCGAAAUACACCCUAUCAACUUAUACUCCAAAAUCAAGCUAUGUGGCUUACACUCCAGAAUAUUCUCCAGCUCCGAAAUACACUAUAAAAUCAAGCUCUGAGACUUACACUCCAUAUUAUUCUCCAUCUCCAAAAUCAAACUAUGUGAAUUACACUCCUGGAUACACCCCAUCAACCUACUUUCCAAAACCAAGCUCCUACUCUCCAAAGUACACUCCAUCCACAUACAGACCAACAUCGGACUAUGAGACUUCAAAAUACACCCUAUCAACCUACUCUACAAAGUCAAGCGAUGAAGCUUCAUCAUAUGUCUCACCAUCAACCUAUACUCCAAAAUCAAGUUAUGAGAGUCCAUCAUGCGAUACAACACCAUCUUACACACCUGGAUCAGCUUCUAAGGCUCCACCUUACACUGAAGAAAGGUACAGUCUAAGUAGUGAAACUCCAUCCUACAUUGCACCAAAGUCAAGUUAUGAAACUUCAUCAAACUAUACACCUCAGUCAAGUUAUGAAGCACCAUCAUCUUAUGCUCCAAAAUCAGAGGAUAAAACUACUACCUACACUAACUACGGAUACUGGAAGCCUUCUCAAACGUACAAGACUCCUAACACUCAAACCCCAACAUAUAGCCCAUCUCCUAAAUACGAGACUCCAUUAUAUAAGCCUACCUCAUCGUAUAGCCCUUCACCUAAAUAUUACACCCAAUCAUAUACCCCAACCACAAUGUACAACCCUUCUUCUAAGCACUCUCCUAAAUAUGACACUCUAUCAUACACCCCAUCUACAACUUAUAGUCCAUCUCCAAAGUACGAUGUCUCUUCAUACACCCCUACCUCAUCUUACAAUCCUUCCCCUAAGCAUAAGACCCAAUCAUACAAAGUUUACAGAGUACAAGGUGUCAUAUAUUGCAAGUCUUGCAAUGAUUUCAAACCAAUUGAAGGUGCAAUAGCCAAAAUUUCAUGUGAGGCAAAGACUGGGUAUGGAUACAAGGCAGCUAAGUUUUCAAUGUUGACUCCCAAAACUGAUAAGAAUGGUUAUUACUUGGCUACAUUUACUCAAGAACAACUUGGUAAACGUUUACAACCAACAGAUUGCAAAGUUUAUCUUGAAAGUUCUCCAUCAUACACUUGCAAUGUUGCUACAAAUAUGCAUCUUGGAGUGAGCGGAGCUCCCCUAACUUAUUCAAAACAAAUAACUGAGUACCAAAAAACAUACACCUUAGAGUUGUACUCUAUUCCAAUUUUUGCUUACAAGUCAAGUGCUAAAUGCGAAUAUUAUCCAGCUUAUUACCAAACAAACACCCCAUCAACCUACACGCCAAAAUCAAGCUAUGAGACAUACACUCUAAAAUAUUCCCCAUCUCCGAAAUAUACCCCAUCAACUUAUACUCCAAAAUCAAGCUAUGAGACUUACACUCCAACAUAUUCUCCAUCUCCGAAAUACACCCCAUCAACUUAUACUCCAAAAUCAAGCUAUGUGGCUUACACUCCGGAAUAUUCUCCAUCUCCGAAAUACACUAUAAAAUCAAGCUCUGAGACUUACACUCCAGAUUAUUCUCCAUCUCCAAAAUCAAGCUAUGUGAAUUACACUCCUGGAUACACCCCAUCAACCUACUUUCCAAAACCAAGCUCAUACUCUCCAAAGUACACUCCAUCCUCAUAUAGUUCAACAUCGGACUAUGAGACUUCAAAAUACACCCUAUCAACCUACUCUACAAAGUCAAGCGAUGAACCUUCAUCAUAUGUCCCACCAUCAACCUAUACUCCAAAAUCAAGUUAUGAGAGUCCAUCAUGCGAUACAACACCAUCUUACACACCUGGAUCAGCUUCUAAGGCUCCAACUUACACUGAAGAAAGCUACAGUCUAAGUAGUGAAACUCCAUCCUACACUGCACCAAAAUCAAGUUAUGAAACUUCAUCAAACUAUACACCUCAGUCAAGUUAUGAAGCACCAUCAUCUUAUGCUCCAAAAUCAGAGGAUAAAACUACUACCUACACUAACUACGGAUACUAAGAGAAAUUAAAUCAUGAGUUUUUAUGAGUUAUGAUUAUGUUUGAUUAUAUGUGGCCUAUUGUUCCAUAUCUACUACUGA